GUAUUCCACUUUGCAUCUGGUCACACUACUGCCUCCGCUAAAUUGUAAACAUUUCAAAACCCGACUGAAAUCAUUUUUUAUGGAUUUAAAAUGUCAAAUGAAUCUAUUUCUACACCGCAAUCGGGACGGAGACCCCGUCUUGGAUUGGUCCGCCGAGCUUGUCUCUCUACACCGCUUUUAAAACUUCAAAAAGCGGAAACCGAUACAAAAACACCUUCUGGAAUUGUUCAAAAUGCUACACCAAAGACUUUCCCAUUGUCUAUGAGCGCCCGUCGCGUUGGAUUAUCAAAACAUAGAACAGAGUUAAGCAAGAAGAGGUUGGAGUUUGCUGUAAUGCAUGAUUUAACGGAACAGGAGGGAUCAGUUUCCGAGGGAAAAGAAAAGGCUUGUCCAAAAAGUGAGGAAAAGAAACCAGACAGGAAGAAAAGGAAGGUCAGGGAAGACACUAAAAAAGCAAAGGACGAAGAAAAAGAGGAGGCUGAGAAGGAGCAGAUACCUUCUAAGACCUUGUCAGAAGAUGUACCGAAAAGCAGUAAAAUAGUAGAACUCCAAGGAGACAUUGAAAUCUGGCGUAAGGGAUUCAUUGCCUCAGUGGAGGAUCUUCAGUCGAUGGUGGACCCUAAACCCACAAAAAGUGAUUUGAUGGUUCAACUUGGUAUUCCCCUUGAAAUGCUGCGCUACUUGGAGGAAGAAUAAUCACCGAUCACUUAAAAACUGCAACUUUAAGAAACUGUUAAAUAUAAUUCCAAUUAAAAUAACACCGAAAACUCA